GGCGAGCGGGAGGUGCCCGGGGAAAGAGAAGCGCGCUUGCCGGGAAAGGGAUCGUCUUGGCCGAAGAAAGGGAGUCUCUUGCGCUCGUUUCCAGGGCGCCUCCAGCGAUGGAGGCCGCUUUGGUGAAGCCGAUGGUGGCGGAGGUGAAGCCAGGUGCGGUGAGCGCCGUGAGCGCCGAGCUGGAGGUGAAGAAGCUGCAGGAGCUGGUGCGCAAACUGGAGAAGCAAAACGAACAGCUGCGCAAUCGAGCCGCUGCCGCCUCUCCUGCUUCGCCGCCUGGCCCGAGCCCGAGCAGCCCUCUGCAGCCACGGCUGGUAGCCUCCGCCGCCGACGCCGCACCUCUGGUCCCCCGCGGCGGCUCCCCUCCAGUCGGCAGGUCGAGCCCAGCGCCGGCUCUCGUGUGCCAAGCCGAGCCCUUCGUCUACUUCAAGCCAUCCCCCACCGGGGGACCCCACGAAGCCCUCGCCGCCCCUUCCAUCCUUCUGCCCCCGGCCAGCCUUUUGGAUGAGGUGGAAAUCCUGGAUCUUCGGAGGCUGGGGGUCUACGGCCGGGAAGAAAAGGAAGAAGAGCAGCAGCGGUUCCAGCAGGAGGAGGAGGAAACCUGGCUAUAUGCGGCACCUGUUAAGGGUAUCAUACCGCAAGAAAAGUCAUUGAGUCCUCUGCAGUGGUGUCGGCAUGUUCUUGAUAAUCCAAGCCCUGAGAUGGAAGCUGCCAAGCGUUCUUUGUGCUUCAGGCUGGAACAAGCUAAUAGAUGGCGGAGUCUCUUCUCUUCAUCUGUAUCCUUGGCUUUUCCUUAUAGUCCUGUUCCAAGGUUUACUCCAUAUAGCAAUAGCUUUAACAGCCCUGCGUUCCCUAAAACCUUCAGCAAAGCAAUAUUAACACCAGAACAAACAGAUUGCAUUUCUAGAAGCUCUCCUCUUAGUCCCCAGUCAUCUCUGGACAGUGAAUUGAGCACUUCAGAAUUAGAAGACGAUUCCAUUUCCAUGGGGUAUAAACUACAAGACCUCACAGAUGUCCAGAUCAUGGCUCGGCUACAAGAAGAGAGCCUGAGGCAAGACUAUGCUUCAACUUCAACAUCAGUGUCAAGAAACAGUUCCAAUGUAUCGCUUCCUUUGAUCAAAAAAGGGAUCAGUGGUGAUCAGGAAUUUGAUCGUUAUAGCCUUGAAGAUGAGGAAGAAGAAUUUGACCACUUACCCCCUCCACAGCCUCGACUCACACGUUGCUCUCCUUUCCAAAAAGGAAUUCCCCAUUCCCAGACGUUCUCCAAUAUACGGGACUGUAGGAAGAGCCCGAUUUCCCCAUAUUUUCCGUACAGUAAUAAUCAACAGCAGCCAUUUUGCUCUCCUCAACCCCCAAAUCUUCUGGAGUCUCAAUCAAGCAGAAUUAAUGGAGACAAACUCCGAAGAAGCAUGCCUAAUUUAGCUCGAAUGCCGAGUACCCUUACUGUCAAUACAAACAGCAACCCUGCAGGUUCUGUGAGGAACAGCCUAAGUUUUGAUUCUAACUUGCAUGGAGCCAGUAAUGGGGUAUCCAGAAUGCAGUCUUGCAUUCCUUCACCAGGACAACUUCAACACAGAGUCCACAGCGUGGGACACUUUCCAAUAUCUGCCAGGCAGCCCCUCAAGGCUAUGGCCUAUGUGAGUCCAACAGUUCAAGGAAGUAACAGCGGCAGUGGCCUGGGGUUGUCCAAUAGUAGCUUGCAAAUGCACUCCAGUACAAGCAUUCCAGUGCCAAACAAGACUGCAAACACAAAUAUUGUAACUCGUAGUAGUCUUCCUAGGCCUUCCCUGGCCAUAAGUGGAAGCAGUAUACCUAGGAGCAAAAUUGCACAGCCAAUUCGAAGUUUUCUCCAGCCACCGAAACCUCUUUCUUCAUUUACUACUCUACGGGAUGGUAAUUGGAGAGAUGGCUGUUAUUGAUGUCAGGUCAAUCUGAAUCCCAUUCAAGAAAUAGCUCAGAUCUCCUACCCAGCUGGCUGGGUAAAUAUAAUUUUAGGAGUGCUAUAACUUAGUGCUCUUUGUUAUUCUUAUUCUUCUGUACUUAUCAUUGUCACUAAAUAUAUUGCACUUAAUUUUCUGCUUAAGCAAAAAGCGGUACAGAUAAUUCUAGACUUACGACCAGAGUUGGGACUGAAAUUUUGGUUGCUGAGCAAUAUAGUCAUUAAACGAGUCAUCAUGUAACCGGACUUCAUUUUACCCAUUUUUACCAUGGUUAUUAAGUGAAUCACAUAGUCAUUAAGGUAAUCAUGUUUGUUAACCAAAUCUGGCUUCCCCAAUCGACUUAGCUUGUUGGGAGUCAACUGGGAAGGUCAUAAAUUGCAAUCAUGUGACCACAAGAUGCUGCAACAAUUGCACACGCCAUGUUCCUGAAUUGCAAUCAGUACCAGUUUCCAUGUACCUGAAUUGCAAUCAUCUGAUUGCAGACGGGUCUCGGACAAUUCGACGCAGCCAGUUCGCCAUGGCCAACUCACCACAGUCAACUUUCCACAGGACAACUCGCCAUGGGGCAAGAGUUACACUAAUAUCAAAGAAACGGUGAAAUAGAAUAUCUAAAGAAAGGAUGCAAAAGGAGGGACAGAAUGAAAUGUGAAUGACAAAAAUUAAACUAUUUUUUAAUUUAUUUUAAAUAAUUAAAUUGAAUUGUUAAAUUGUCCCCCAGUGAGCUGUCCUGCAGUGAGUUGGCCGUGGUGAAUUGUCCCGCAGAAAGUUGGCUGUGGUGAGUUGGCUGCGGUAAGUUGUCCCAUUCCAGACUGCAGGGGUGGUGCAACAAGUUGUAGCUCCAAGGAGAAGUUAAUUCACUUUUCCCAAGGCCGUUGUAACUUGGAACCGUUGCUAAACAAGUGAUCGUAAGUCAAGGACUGUCUGUAUUACAAAGUUAGCAUUGCAUUGUUCUUAUUUAACGUUUCAAAAUACAUGCACAAAGUACCUGAAGUGUCCCUCUUGGGGAGUCAAAAUGUGACUUCUGAAUGUUCAGUCAGAAUGAAGUGAGUUUAUUUUAAAAACGUGUUCCUUGCUUUCUUUGUUCUCUUUAGCUAGGCAUUUUUUACCUUGUAGAUUUACAAAUUAUUAUGUACUUCAUUUUUUAUAGUCUUUUCAAGAAAGCAUAUUUUUUGCACUUGAUAUCUUUUUUGUAUUUGCUUGAAAAAAGACUGUCAAAAUUUUCAUGUAUGUUCUAUAUAUAUAUAUUUUGUCUUUUAAUAAUCAGUAUUUGGUCAGAAUAUGUGUUAAGCGUAUACCCAAAUCCAAUGAGGUCUAUCUGUGCCAACUUUAUGUACAUCUCUGCUAAGUUGUUCAAAUACUUGAUGAAAGUUCCAAUCAGCCUUCAAGAUGAAACAGUAAUUUAAAUGAUAACAUUCAAUCACAUGGGGUAAGGAUACAGGAGCAGGGGGGGAAGAAGGAACAGAAAGCAGAGAUUCGAUUUAGAUGAAGACUGAGUGGAUGGGAAGUAUGAUAGUGAAUGUAUGAUAUAACAGUAUGCACUUAACAAGCUUUUAAUUUAAAUUGCCAUGAGUUUGUUCCCUCACCUCCUUGUUAAUUUAUUACCACAAUGUUCUAUUUCUAAGGAAAUGUGUAAAUUGCAUUGCACUAAAAAGUUGCAGUGAUCUCUUACUUAUAUAGUCAAAUUUCAAUACUUUAUUACAAAGAAUACACUUGCAGUGUUUUAUUAACAAUUGUAUAUGAUGGAAAUGAGUAUGUUUUCAUGGAAGUAUUACAUUUUUGAUAAAACUUUGGCAAAACAUUGAAUUGCACUAAUAAAUGCUUUCUUACUUAAAGAGGACAAUUUGGAUACUUGGCUACAACCUGCAUUCUGCCGAUCUAGAAAGUUUCAGAACUAAAGAAAUCUAUUUCAGCAAUAGAAUAUUUUUGGAUGUGCAACAGGAAUGGGCCAUCUGUGUUUGCUCUGCUCCAUUUUCAUUUAAUUAAUAAGUAUACAGUCUGAUUGAGGUGAGCAUCCCUUAAUCACAAGAUAAAUUAAAGAUCCCUAGCAGCCUAACUCUUGGUUAGGAGUUUUCCUGCCAGGAAAAUGGCAGG